AAAUACUUCACUACUGAUACCGAAAAUAAUUCUAAUAUAAUUUUGCGAUUAUUAUUUUAUUAUUAUAAUCGACUAUCGUCUCACUGAAGGAGCUUGUUAUAAUGACGGUAUGAUAUUGCAUUGUAUUGGGGAGCACCUCCUGCUGCGUGCAGACUGGACGGUAGAGAAACUGGCAGAUGUAAACGUGCCAGUGCCUAUGCGGAUAACAAUUGCAAACAAGUUAGUCCAAGCUCUUAACCUAGAGGAGGAGUGGUUCAGUGCGCUCUGUUUUAUUACUGAUCCGGAGUACUUUCUUAUCGUUAUCAACCAGUUAAAAUACCUGUGGUUCCUGUGUAAUGGAAAGCAGAUAACAGAUAAAGGUGCCAUCUCACGAGUAUUUUCUAAAGACCAGGAUCUUUGUCAACGGCAUUUCCGGAAACAUAAGCACAAUUACAAUGAGAUGUUUGCUGAUACCAAGGGUAAAGUUCAAGAUAAAUGUGAGCAACUCUUGCUGCACUUUACUUCGUCACGUGGGAAGAGUCACAGUGAUUCAAUUGACCAGUUGUGGAUUGAAGAGCAGAAAAAAACAAAAGAUUCUUUGGAAACUACACUCACCAAAUGCUAUGCAAGAUUCAAGACUCAGCUGGAAGAGCAAUGGGAGAAAGUUAAAGGAUACCCAGCUAGAAAGGGAAAUGAGUGCAAUAUGAGGUACAAUAUCUCGCCGGAGGACUGUUCAAUUGUCCUGGAGGAGGUGGAAUCUCUAACCCAACACGACUCCCAUCUCGUGGAGGAUAUAUUUCUGGAUCAGGCUAGCAGUCCAAUCCGCUCUGGUACCCCUCAAGAUGUUACAAGCUCAGAUAUUCCUCCUUUUCAAAUCCGCGCCCCUGAGCAAAGAGCAAGGCAAUCUACCUCCAGGCAAGCACAAGAUAUCUCCCGCUUAAAAACCCGCAGCCGAUCAACAAGCUCCACAUCUAAACAUAGCGAGGAACCAGUCUCAUCCUCUGGGGAACCAGUCUCAUCCUCCGGAGACCGUCUGUUUGGAGAGCAGACAACCCGCAACCCAGGUCCUAGUACAUCAGUUGAGGCAGUAUCUAACUCUGAUCAAUCUGAGGCUAACAUGAAGGCUAUGAUCGAAGAGAUCGUUACAAAAUAUCUUCCAAAUAAUGUAGGAAAUCAGGGGGAUAGUCACGACACAGUCCAGCAGAAGCCGCCAGUGGCAUCAGAGCGGGAACCUGAUGCUGCAGCUCCUUGCAAAACCCUGGAAGAGCCGCUUCCUGAGACUUUAGAAAGCGUUCAGUCCACCACCUCUCGAAACCUAGGAAUGCUAUUGGAUGAUAUGGAGCUCUGGAAUCAGAGCGGGAACUUGAUACUGCAGCUCCUUGCAAAACCUUGGAAGAGCCGCUUCCUGAGACUUUAGAAAGCGUUCAGUCCACCACCUCUCGAAACCUAGGAAUGCUAUUGGAUGAUAUGGAGCUCCUGGAAUCAGAGCGGGAACCUGAUGCUGCAGCUCCUUGCAAAACCCUGGAAGAGCCGCUUCCUGAGACUUUAGAGAGCGUUCAGUCCACCACCUCUCGAAACCUAGGAAUGCUAUUGGAUGAUAUGGAGCUCUUGGAUGCUGCAAAAGCAAUGGAGACGGAAACCGGUACAGAUAGGAAUAUGUCGGAAGAAAAAGAUAAACAGCUUAAGAAAACAAAAGUUAAGAGUAUAAAUGCGGGGCACCCUCAAACAAGAGUACUCAAGAGAAAACAAAAAAGCCCCAAGCCAUCAGGACCAACCUCAAGUUCAAACUUUAAGAAAAAAUCUCUAGAUAAAGUGAAGAUAAUGACGAGAAGUGAAAGAAAGAGAAUGUGUCCAUUCAGCCCGGCGUACGGGACUGGUAAGAUGAAGGAGAAUGUUGGUGAGAUAAAGAAAGUGAAAGUUGACCUUGAAACGGUCCAACUUGAAACAGUACUUGCUGAGAAAAGACCUGAAUUCCUUGCACCAAUUCCAUCAGAAUCAAAGCUCCCUUGCAUGCCAAAUAAGACCGCUCUAGAUAGAAAGAAGGCCCACAAAUAUGACCGAAUUUAUAUAGACAGAAUGUCACCUAAAGUAGUAAGGAAAGCUACCAAGGUUAGUAGAAGCAAAAGUGAAAGGAUAGUCUCCCCUGUGAAGACUACAAAGAAAGAGAGACGCCCCAGAAAAACUACUGGAGCGGCGACCUUCCCUAACAAAGAAAGGGGCCGUUCUUUAACUAAUAAAAAUAAAGAAGUCAAAUCAGUAAGCGCAAGCCCGGUCAGUGCGCCCACGCUGAGAAAGGUCAGCCCUGUAAUCAGACUGAAGAAUUCUCACAAAGUAUGGUGUGCUGAUAGUAAGAGGAGGCUAGCAGGCCCCGCAGUUAAACCACGCUCUGGAGGAGUAAAGUUAGCCAAGGAGGACCCGAUUGGAGGUGAGAGCUCUACUUCGGUAGGAAGUUUAAUCCAAAACCGUGAAGAAACUGACCCUGCCGGAUCGAAUUUAGAUUCAGAAAUUGCUAAAAUAGGGGAACCUGUCGGAAAGGAUUGUUUGAUAGACUUUGUGGAUAAAGUUUCAUCUUCUAGUCUUCUUCCUAGUAAAAUCGAGCGAACGAGCGAGUUUAAGUCUAAAACAAGACCGAAUCGUACAAAGAAGAAGAGAGUUACAGAUAAGGAGUUCAGUUUGGUGGUUGUAUCAGAGGAUGAUGACUCUUUGCCAGACCCCGAUCUAUCCUUGGAUUUAAGAGACUUGAGAGACAAGAAGGACAGUUUGAAUGAUACUGACAGUUCUAUCAGUUUCAUUCCUCUUUGAGUUGGCACUUUUAUAUUCAGACUGUAUACAAUAUUAUACCUUUUACAUGCAACAUGGUGUCCAACUCUAACAGAUCAAAUAUUUAUUUAUCAUUAUUAUUGAUUAUAUUUCAAGUCCAUUGUAUGAAAUUUGAAUGUAUUUCCAUGAUUUUUAUUAAUAAUAUAAUGUAUAACCUAAUAUAUUUCUUUUAACCACCAAAUUGUUUCGCAGCACAGGGCAACCCAGAUUUUUAAAUAUCACUUUUUAUUGUAAUUGUAUGGUAAACUAUGCAGUAUUAUACAAACCAAACUAUUGUUUGUUCUUCAAGUUCGAUAAAGCGCCUUUGCGCCCCUUUA